AUAAUUGACGGUUUUCGUUAUUAUCAUUGACGAUGCGAAUAACCUGCGAGCGAGCGGUUUGGCUUCAGUGUUUUGUUUUGACAUGUGUAAACAGCAGCGUCGCCAUAUUGGAUUACUAACGCAUCAUACAGACGAGGAGGACGACGACGACGACGACGACGACGAGGAGGAGAACGAAAAGCACGAAAACGAUUCUCUUUCAAAGCAACGAAGCGUUAUUCGACGAGGAGGGAUUCGUCUGUCAGAUCGGAUUUUUCAUGCCUGAUGGCGCGUGCUGGAACACAGCGUUGGAGAAAUCCCACGUCGGAAGGUGACGAUGUUCAACGGUCGAUUGAACUGCUGGACAAGGUACUCUCAGAGUACGACGAGAACGAGGCUGAGGGCGACGGAGGCGCCGGGAGCGGUGGAGGAAAUUGUGGCAGCAGCACAGAACCCAGUAUUGGCCUCACACCGGACGACGAAAGCCCAUCUCUAGGGCAUCAGUCCGAGGACGACGGGUACAUGAGUAUGAAUGGACGAAAGGCGAAGAUGGCACUCGUAGCACUGCGUCCGGUUCCGGACUGUCCUGAACCACAGGACAACGGCGAAUCGUUCGUUUCCGAAUUUCCUCCUCCACCAGAGGAAGCUGAACGUCUCAUAUCGACUCUACUUCCGAUGGUUUCACCGAGUAACUCGGCAAAGAAGAACUCGCAGUCGUCUUCCCGGAAGAACGGAAGACAACAAUGGAUGGCUGCCAUGGAAGAUCACAAACGGCACGGACACGUUGCUACAACGCAAACUACUCUGCCAAAGACUCGUCAUCAGCGGCCGUACGGAUGGGAAAACGGUACCGCGGAGCCGUUUCGUCUUGCGGAACCGCCGAGUCCGCCGAGUAAAUUUGCCAGUCUUCCGUACGACGGAAAAGUGUCCUUUAACUGGAUACCACCGCGGACUAAUCCCGGGGCGAUAGAGAAGCACCGGGAAGUGAGGCGUCGAUCGUCGGAGGAGGUUCUGAACCAGCAGCUGAUGAACAAUCGCCACAACAGUCACCACGGCAGUCAGGACAAGGACCGGGCGUCGAUGUUGCGGAAGCAACGACAGAACGAGAUUGUGAAAUCCAGCAGCGUGGAGGACAGACUUCUGAUGGACCGGAACAGAUCGGAAAGCGAGGCGAGGCGCAGGAACAACUCGGACUCGAGCGAGGGGAGAUUUUCGCGAAACUCCGAGUCCGAGAGGUCGUCGAUACCCAGAUCAAGCUCCGUGAGCGUCGAGAGGUUCUCGGUCAGGGCGAAUUGCGAUUCAUCCGAUUUUUCCCGCGCCAAUUCGACAUCCAACGAACGGUUUCACUCCGAUUUCUCGAUAGCCGUAGCCAGCGUCAGUUCUAACGAUCACGCGUCCGUACCUACGUCCGAUCCGUUUUCCAUUAGGAAUUUGGACUUCUCGUUCUCUCUGCCAAGGGCUGACUCAGCCGGCGACGAGAGGUUCUCGGGACGGACGUCGGACCGAUGCUCCGAUCAGGAGAGAUACUCGGACAUGUUUUCAACGAGGAACUCGGACUUCUCGACAAGGAAUUCUACCGACUUUAGAACACAGUCCGAGGAGGAACAUUUCUCCGACGAUUCGCUCGAGGAACUUUUACCACCGCCACCUCCGAUCGGCAAGAGACACUCCAUCGCAUGGGAGGUCUCACUCGAAGAUGAUCCUCUUUACGCUCCGGGGAGCACUAAGGUCGUUGGGAGAAGACGAAGAAAAAGCAGCGACGUCUCCAGCGUCGGAUCCGCCUCUAAAAUGCGUGAUUUUGACGACUGGCCUGACCCACCGCUGUCAGCGACUGAGGAUGAUUUGGUAUCACCGUAUUCCGACUCUUCGACAAACGAUCUUGACCAGAUACGCCCCCAGGAUCUUACCAAAAAUGGUACUUACGUUAUUAGACGAGGUCGUAAAAAGGAACGAAAACUCUUGCCUAAAACACCGACGAAAACGAAGAGUCUGUCAUUCGAUAACUGCGAGGAAGCUCGGCUCCCUGAUGCAAAAAGAUACUCCAGUACCUUCGACAACAUCAAGAGUCUCCUUAAAGAAGGAAGACUGGAAGGACUGGAUGAACCGCCGCCGGAUUUCACGCCGCCGUUACCCCCGGAAUUAGUUAGGGUCGUCUCGUUGCCGGUGAUAAAUAACGAGUCGGGAAAUCGGGCGCAUUUGGAAAUGACCGUAGAGGAGGAGGAGACGUCGUCCGAUCUAUCGGACAAGGAUAAAUCAGAGAUUAAGAAGAAGUCGUUGGGUGUCGGUAAUUUCGGUGGUGAAAUUAGACCCGUUCUGGUUACCCUGGACGCGUUGGAAACGGAUCAGCGGUGUAACGGUCCGGCAUCCUCGAUAGCGAUGUCGAAAAGUAUGGACGCAAAAAUACCGGUGAAUCUACUUAUUGAGGAUCAGAUAGUGAAGAAGGCGCUGAACGAGAAUAGAAGACAGUUGGAAAAAGUUAGCGAUGCUAUAAAGGAAAUUGAAAACGUUAGGAACAGCGAGUCGUAUGAAAAGAGGCGAAGAAACGCCGCCGCUUCUUCAGACCCUAAAUCUAAUUCGAAACGUAACAGCUACGAGAGUGGUAACGAUGAUAAGAAAGUUAUUGACAAUCCCUUCGAAAAUAGACCGAGGAAACAGAAUAGUUCCGAUUCCGAGACGUCGAAGACUAGCUCGUCGGAAGCUGCGGAGUUUGAUCGUCGAAAAACAAAUGGAAGCGAUGUUUACAGUGCCGGAAGGAGGAUCAGGCAGAAUGGUAACGAUCAGAAACAAAUCGAGAACGUGAUAGACGCAAUACUCGAGGAUUCCAAGAAUCCUGAAUUCCAGGUCAGCGUCGAAGUUCUCGAAUUUCCGCCGCUCCCUCCGUCUCCGGUCGAGGAGGCCGAUGAGGAGAGUUCCGACGUGGGUGUCGGCGUCUCGGUGGCAACCAAGUCCAGCAAAACCCUCGGAAACAGCAGCAGCAGCAACAACAACAUCAACAAGGCCAAGAGCCACGGUACCAAAACCGUUGACUAUCGACCCAGAGUUCCUCCCCAUCGCGCCGCAAUCGAUGCUAAGGAUGGCCACGUCUCGUCCCUUAAUACCAGGUCAAUGGACGCCGGAUUCUCCAGAGGAAGACGCACUGCCGCCGGUAGCGGAUCGAGGAGAGAGGUUCCUGUGGAGCGGAGAACUCUGCCUACCGAUUUGCCGGGUCCUUCAAGGCGGAGACCAUUUGCAAAGUGGCAUUCACCGUCUGCGGAACCGUCUUGUCCUUCAUCGAGUGCCGGAACGACGGUUUCCGGUAUGCAGACGUCGUGCUCCCUCCCGGAAACUCCGGUUUUCGCCAGGGGCAGCGACAUUCCUCGGACUCCGCAGCACGCCGGAAACACCGGGCAACAAACUCGUCGUCAGCCAGGAUGGUACGCUCCUACGACCGCGACGACUGGGUACAGGAGAAACAACGUUGGCCUCGAGCAGGCCAUAAUCGGUACGGAACUGCUGAGACUGGCUGGAGGACCGAACAGAGGCUGGUAUCCGACGAGGAAGGGGAAUCAGCCGCGACCCGCGUCCAUCGAGCACCUCGAAAGGCUGAACAACGUCUACGACGCUCGUUUGCCGGGUGGCGGCGAACAGCAGAGGAAGCCUCUUACUCUGCCGACGAACAUUACGCCAAAUAAAUACUUCGGCCAAAGGGGCGAGAGUAGCGACGCGCCGAAAAAGAAAGGUUUUUUCAAAAGCUUCUGGAAACGUUCGAGGCAUUAUUCUCUUGAAAACCAAUAGCCCAGGUGUGGCCGGUUGACGAGCCGUCAAACCAAUAAUAAUCUUCAUCAUCACCACCUCGGCAGUGGACAACACCUCGCCAAUACCACAACUACUCUCUCGAAUCCGUGCUGUUGUAUUGUGCAGUAGAGGGGAAAGAAUUUUUCUCUCUCUUGCGAGAAGAGAAUUACGAUGAGAAGAUUUGAAAGAAAAAAAAAGAAAAAAACGUUGCCCAAAUUCCUGCGCUGUAUAGAAUUUUUCCCCCGACAAUUUCCCAGUGUUUCUUAUUAUCAUCAUUACCAUUAAUAUUAUUAUUAUUAUUAUUUGAAUUAUAUCCUUUCUCGUUGCAAAAACACAAGAUUAGCGAAAUGUCGCCUUUUCGUCAAAUUAUCACAACAAUUUAUACCGUCACGUGGUAUUUAUCAUUGCUGUGUUUAACGGCUGUUGUUUUUUUUUUUUUUUUUUUUUUCAAUACUCUUUAGAGAUAAGCGCCUUGGAGUAAUAGUAAUAAUUUAUUGUGCUUUUUCUAACGCGAAAGUAAUGUAUGUACCUGUUUUUAUCCCCUGGAAGAACGAUUGUGGAAAGGUUUUAGGUUCUUAUCGUGUCUGUGAAUAAGGCGGUUCUCGACUAUACAUGUAAUAUACUUUGGCAAUCGUCUUUCAGCCUUUUCAAAUUUCCUAGCUCCUCCAUUUCUCGUAGGAAGUUCCUUGUAAACACCUGCAUCGCAUUAUCGGACGAAUGAGCGAGAAGCACUUAAUCGAUCUUACACUGAUGUGACUUUCUAGGAGUAUAUACAACAUCGGGCUUCCGCCAAGAGACGGAGGAUAUAAAUGUCGAGUUUCGUUUCUCUUCCAUUUUCUCCAUCAAUCCAUCUCUAUCUAACACUAGAUCAGCUCAAAAUAUACGAAAUUUACAAAUAGCGUAUCGUACUCUUAUAUUGUGCCCUAGACGACGAAAGGUGCGAGUGAACGGGAGUUUUAUACAUUUUUAUACCGCGAACAAACGUCAAAUAUCUUACGAAUCUUUACGAUUUUUUUAUAUCAUAGAACACUGUUCCGAUAUUUUCAUCGUUUGUUUGAUCGCUUAACUUCUGUUUUACGUGCUAAUCCUACUGCUGGGUAUUAUUAAGGAUUUGAAAGUUUUAAAGAUUGUUAAAACUUGCAGAUGUAUCUUAUCAUUCAAAACUUGAAGAAUAUGAAAGGAAAAGUUUGAAUUGCCAAAGGUUUUCAUGUCGCGAUAUCUUAUUCGAGAGAGGAGUAAGGGAGGGAUUUUGGUCUUUUUGGAUAAGAUUUUGUUUUCAUUACGUGAGUAUUAAAUUCGCUAUACCGAAUUAUAUUAUAUCUAUGGUAAUGUGAUGAAAUAGAAGAAAUUGAAAGUGUUCUAAACUGAAAAAUAAUUAACAAUCAUCUUCUUACGUAAUUAUACCGACGCGCAAAUCGAAUUCGUAUCGCAUUUGCGUAAAAUAUCGCGAGUACAUGAUAAUCUUGUAUAUAAAAAUCGCGAUCUCCUGCAGUUUCUUUUUCCUUUUUAUUUCGUGUAUAAAAACCGAAAGAUUUCACAAGAUCGCGACGAUUUAUUAAGAAAAAUGUCGCGAGUUUAUAAUCUCGUAUUUACAAUUGUAUGUAUGCGUGUAUUGAAGAUCGUUACCAAGCUAAAGAUGAAAAAAAGAUCAAUCAGGU